AUGAACACGUGCGGAAAGGAUAUCAUAGAAAAUUUUGAAAAGAAUUUUCAGGCAUGCAUAUCUGCUUUUGCAUCCGGCUCCGGAACUCGGCCGACGGAUGUCGAGGAAGUGAGGACAAGCGCCGAAGUUGCUGCACAUGAUCUGAUACGGACGGUUCAAGAGUCGGAGAAAUACUUUAGUCGUUACUACUUCUUGUUUUCGAUAUUUUGUCCUGAAGAAGUAUUGAAAGAGGAAAUUGGCUUAAUGAAAGAAGAGAUCGAUCGCAAAACUUCUAUCAUAAAUAAGCACAAAGAAAAAAUUGCAUAUUGGCAGCAGCUUAUGGAACCCACCGAUGGUCCGUCAUCGGUUACGGCUGCUAGCUCUGCACCUGAGCUACCCGCGGAUAAAAUUGGAUGA